UCCCUUCCAAAAGGACAACAAAAGAGCAGAGGCAAGCAAUCAACACAAAAUGAAAGGAUUUUGCCAUGCUUUAAACAAUGAAGGCUUAAACAGCAGGUCUGCUCUACAACACGGCAGGAAUCUUGGGCGACAUCAAAACCAGACAACAGCAACAUCAACGGCAUCUGUCACUGCAUCUAAACAGCAUAAAAAACUCAGGAGUCACUGCUAUCAGUCCGUAGACAAUGUGCACAUGCGAAUCUUUGAAGAUAUUCCAAAUGAUAUGCCCCAGCUGUAUGUUUCGAUGAAAGGCAAAACCUAUGAGCGUUGGAAAUACGAUGGCGAUGAUGAUGAUGUUGAUGACUAUGUCGAAGGUGAUGAGAUGAUGUGUGACCCAUCAGCUACAUGGCUGAUGACAGAUGAUUGCCAGGUUAGCCAUCAUAACGGUAGACAAGAGCUAAGGCGAAAAAUGCAAAACAGCACUGCCAAAACCUGUUUGGCCAAAACUAUGCUCCAGAAUUCCACAACAACAACAACAAGCGAUGAGUGUGUAAGGACAAGACAUCGAGCGCCAACUACGCCAAACGGGCAAACGAAAAAUCUUCAAGUUCCUCGAAAUAGUCAUCGAUUGCAUAACCAGCGAAGUGGAGAGCUUCAGCAUAGCCUGCAGCUUGAUGAAAUUAAUUUAGUAAAUCCCUUGCUAAAGCCAACGACUAUAAACAAAAUCGCUAGCUCAAGCUCUCAACUCAAAGAGGAAUUCGCCAAAACAACGACCACACCAACAGUGGAGCAGGAAUUCUUUCCACUUAACUCAACGACACACAUUGGACACUCUACCCACCAGCUAAGCCAUGAGCAACAGAAGCAGCAGCUACACCAUGCAGAGAGCUGCCACUUUGGUAGACCAAAUCAAAGCCAUUACCAAUGCCAACAUCUACACCUACACCAUCAGCAACAGCAAAAGUAUUAUAAAAACCACACCUCCGCCCCAGCAGAAUUGGUGAGAAGAUUUCUUAAAACAAUUACAGCGUUAGUUGUAGCUGUUGUUACUGCCAGCGCCAGCAACCGAGUCAGCGACAAUGCCACUAGCAAUAACCACAAAAGAAUCAACAUCACCACUAACAACACCUGGCCAACUGGCGACAAGAAAAACUCCACACCGACCAGCUUCAGACACACCACACCCAGCCCAACAAUGCCAGCGUAUUUCGCCCGUCCCCUCGUCUACACAUCAACAAAGCUAUCGUCGGUUUGUUGUCUCUCCUUGUUUGUUGUCAUCAUGCUGUUAAUGUAUUCCUGUCCCCCAACGCAUGCGUUACGCUUGUCCAGUGGCGCCAGCAAAUCAUCGGCAGCGAAUAAGGAACAACUCUAUAUUGGACUCAUUGCCCCGCAUACGAAUUUCGGCAAGCGUGAAUAUCUGCGGGCCAUUCACACAGCCGUGAGUGGUCUGAAUAAGACACGUGGUGCGAAAUUAACAUUUUUCAAAGAUUAUCAAUUUGAGCCGCGCAAUAUACGCUUUGACAUGAUGUCCUUAACGCCAAGUCCAACGGCCAUUCUAAGCACAUUAUGCAAAGAAUUCCUGCAAUUCAAUGUCUCUGCGAUACUCUAUAUGAUGAACAAUGAGCAAUUUGGACAUAGCACAGCAUCGGCACAGUAUUUCCUACAAUUGGCCGGCUAUCUGGGUAUACCGGUGAUAUCAUGGAAUGCGGACAACUCAGGCCUGGAGCGGCGUGCCUCGCAGUCGACACUUCAACUUCAGUUAGCUCCAAGUAUAGAACAUCAAAGUGCCGCUAUGUUGAGCAUAUUAGAACGUUACAAAUGGCACCAAUUCUCGGUUGUCACCUCGCAGAUCGCGGGCCAUGAUGACUUUGUUCAGGCAGUGCGAGAGCGAGUCGCCGAAAUGCAGGACCAUUUCAAAUUCACCAUCCUCAAUGCGAUUGUUGUAACGCGCACUAGUGACUUGAUGGAACUUGUUAAUAGCGAGGCAAGAGUUAUGCUCCUCUAUGCCACGCAAAGUGAAGCAAUCACUAUUCUUAGAGCUGCUGAAGAGCUGAAGUUAACCGGAGAGAACUAUGUGUGGGUGGUCAGUCAAUCGGUCAUAGAGAAGAAGGAUGCACAUGCCCAAUUUCCCGUUGGCAUGUUGGGUGUACACUUCGAUACCAGCAGUGCAGCGCUGAUGAAUGAAAUCUCCAAUGCCAUUAAAAUUUAUGGCUAUGGCGUGGAAGCGUAUAAUUCGGAUCCAGCGAAUAAUGGCAAGAAACUAAAUACCCAAGCACUGUCCUGUGAGGAUGAGGGUCGUGGGCGUUGGGACAAUGGAGAAUCAUUUUUCAAAUACCUGCGAAAUGUCUCUAUAGAGGGUGACCUUAACAAGCCUAAUAUCGAAUUUACCGCCGAUGGCGAUUUAAAAUCAGCCGAGUUGAAAAUUAUGAAUCUACGUCCAAGUGCAAAUAACAAAAAUUUAGUAUGGGAAGAGAUUGGCGUUUGGAAAUCAUGGGAAGGCCAAAAACUAGACAUACGCGAUAUUGCCUGGCCGGGUAAUUCUCAUGCUCCACCGCAGGGUGUACCCGAAAAAUUCCAUUUAAAAAUCACAUUUCUCGAAGAGGCACCCUAUAUCAAUCUAUCACCUGCUGACCCAGUUAGUGGCAAAUGUCUCAUGGAUCGUGGUGUUCUAUGUCGUGUGGCAGCCGACCAUGAAAUGGCUGACAUCGAUGUGGGCCAGGCACACCGCAACGAGUCCUUCUAUCAAUGCUGUAGCGGCUUCUGCAUCGAUCUUCUCGAGAAGUUUGCCGAGGAACUGGGUUUUACAUACGAACUUGUACGGGUCGAAGAUGGAAAAUGGGGUACCCUCGAGAAUGGUAAAUGGAAUGGUGUCAUUGCCGAUUUGGUCAAUCGCAAGACGGACAUGGUCCUCACCUCGCUCAUGAUCAAUACGGAACGUGAGGCGGUUGUGGACUUUAGCGAGCCCUUCAUGGAGACUGGAAUUGCUAUAGUGGUGGCCAAACGUACGGGUAUUAUAUCGCCAACAGCUUUUUUAGAACCUUUUGAUACGGCCUCAUGGAUGUUGGUUGGCAUUGUUGCCAUACAAGCGGCCACAUUCAUGAUCUUCCUAUUCGAAUGGCUCUCACCAAGUGGCUAUGAUAUGAAAUUGUAUCUGCAAAAUACCAACGUUACACCCUAUAGGUUCUCGCUAUUCCGCACCUAUUGGUUAGUCUGGGCCGUUCUCUUCCAGGCAGCCGUGCAUGUAGAUUCACCGCGUGGUUUUACCUCGCGUUUUAUGACAAACGUUUGGGCACUCUUUGCUGUCGUCUUUUUGGCCAUCUACACUGCCAACUUGGCCGCCUUCAUGAUAACGAGAGAGGAGUUCCAUGAGUUUACCGGCUUGAACGAUAGCCGUUUAGUGCAUCCGUAUUCGCAUAAACCAUCUUUUAAAUAUGGCACAAUUCCUUACAGCCAUACGGAUUCCACCAUCAACAAGUAUUACAAGGACAUGCACUACUACAUGAGACAAUAUAACAAAUCAAGCGUUUCUGAUGGAGUGGCUGCUGUCCUAAAUGGAAACUUGGAUGCUUUUAUUUAUGAUGGCACUGUUUUGGAUUAUCUGGUGGCCCAAGAUGAGGACUGUCGUCUGAUGACUGUUGGUAGUUGGUAUGCCAUGACAGGUUAUGGCCUGGCCUUCAGUCGUAAUUCGAAAUAUGUUCAAAUGUUUAACAAACGUCUGUUGGAAUUUCGUGCAAAUGGUGAUUUGGAACGUCUUAGACGCUAUUGGAUGACGGGGACAUGUCGUCCGGGCAAACAGGAACAUAAAUCAUCGGACCCCUUGGCUUUGGAGCAAUUCUUGUCAGCAUUUCUGUUGUUAAUGGCGGGUAUUUUAUUGGCUGCCUUGUUGCUGUUGUUGGAACAUGUGUACUUCAAGUACAUACGCAAACGUAUUGCGAAAAAGGAUGGUGGCCAUUGUUGUGCUUUGAUCUCCUUGUCCAUGGGCAAAUCGUUGACAUUUCGUGGUGCAGUGUAUGAGGCGACAGAGAUACUCAAGAAGCAUCGUUGCAACGAUCCCAUUUGUGAUACCCAUCUGUGGAAGGUGAAACAUGAGUUGGAUAUGACACGUCUAAGGGUGCGUCAACUGGAGAAGACAAUGGACAAGCAUGGUAUUAAACCACCGCAAUUAAGACUAGCCUCGUCAUCUGAUUUACUCAAUCAUCAUCAUCUAAAGGAACGACCACCCUUGAUGGGCAAUCUGAGUCUGGCGGCCAGUGCACAAGAUCUAUACAGGUGGUCAUACAAAACGGAAAUAGCGGAAAUGGAAACGGUUCUGUAAGAAGACGUAGAACAAAGUCAACAACCGGAACCACCACAACCAGACCCACACAACAAAAAGCACAAGAAAUGUUGUAAAACAACAGCCAUAACAACAACAACAACAAGGUAUUUUUUGCAGUAGCCAUAGCUUCCUCUACAAUAACUUCAACCACAAAAAUACGAAAAAAGGAAACGAGCUCAAACUUUUUUUGAUUUUUUUUUUUUUUUGAUAUUUGUAAAAAUUAAAAGAAAAGUUCUUUGAAUCAUAAAACCGUUUGAGUUUUGAAUUGAGUUUUUUUUUUUUGAUUUGGUGGCAAACUGCUGCGGCAGCCUAUUGCCUGUAAUGUAAAUUGUCCUUUGCCAGCACCACAUUCUGCUAGAAGAAGAGAAUUAAACAAGAAAACAAGAAUCCCAAACAUUCUGUGUGCCAUAUUUGUAAGUUAACAAUGAAUGUAAGAAGAAACCAAAGUAAAAUAAAAAAAAACAGAAUCCUACAAAAAGGAAAUCAAAUAAGCAUAGAAAUUAAGAAAUAAGAGUAUUAAAUGAAACCACAUAAAUGACAGUGGAUCGAAGGAGAGGUUGACAUUGUCGA